CUGGGUGGAUGUCGGCGCAUUUCGAAGAGCGCAGCGGGCUGGUGCCGUGUGCCACCCCUUGGGGCCGCUGGUACCAGACAAUGGAAGAGGUCUUUAUCGAGGUGAACGUGCCUGAGGGGACCCGCGGGCGGGAUGUGAAGUGCAGCUUGCAGAGCCGGCAUUUGUCGCUGACUGUAGCAGGGAAGGAUGUGCUCAAGGGUAAACUGUAUGAUUCUACAAUAGCUGAUGAAGCAACAUGGACACUAGAGGAUCAGAAGUUAAUACGAAUUGUCCUAACCAAAACCAGUCGUGAUGCUGGAAACUGUUGGAGUUCUCUCUUAGAGAAUGAGUAUGCUGCUGAUCCUUGGGUCCAGGACCAGAUGCAGAGGAAGCUCACACUGGAAAGGUUCCAGAGAGAGAACCCUGGAUUUGACUUCAGUGGAGCAGAAAUCUCUGGAAACUACAGCAAAGGAGGGCCAGACUUUUCUAAUCUUGAAAGAUAGCCAAAUGCCUUUAGCUGUGUUUCUUGAUAUAGGAAAUAGAGUUAUGAAGGACUCAAAUGCAGCCAAACAAUUCAUCUGCGAGACUAGGCUGCACAAUGGUUUACUCCUUUUCUGAACUGCUGCCUUUGAUAAUGGCUUUUAUUUAAACUGUACUAAUAUAGCCAUGGAAAAUAAACACUUAUGCAUGAAAGGUGGUAUUUGCAAAUGAUUCUGUUUACCAUGGUUAAGAACACAUUUGUGAUAGUAAAGCACUAGUGUAUUUGAUAUAUUAGCAGUAUUGAAGACCACAAACUGCAUAAUUCUUUGAGCUGAAGGAAUAAUCUCUCUAUAUAAUCUGUGUUGGUCAUGGGCCGAAUUCAGACUGGCAGU